GGUCUCCAAAGAAGGGGAUUCUGACCUUAAACCCAACCACCAGAGUCUGACCCAUUUGCCUGAUUUCCCACACCCUCCCACCCUAUCCCUGUUCUCCUUGCUCCCUGGGUCACAGGUGGGUUGGCCAGGUGAGGGCCAAUGGCAGGUGGGGCUAGCAGGUGAGGAGUGCCCAGCUUUGACAGGAUCAACCACAGAAGGGCUCCUAGAUGUUGUGCCGGAAGGGACGUUGUUCAAUAUGGUGUUGAGAAAGAUUCAUCGGCCCUGGAGUUGUUCUUACCAGCUGCAGCUAGAGCACAGGACACCCCCCAGCCGGAUUCAGGGUUUGCGCUGGACACCACUAACUAAUAGUAACGAGACGCUGGACUUUCAUGUGAACCUGGAACAGGCUACUUCAGAGCAUGUGCUUAGGGCUGGGAAGCUGCUGCAUAGGCAUCUUCUGGCUACCUUUCCUACCCUCAUACGGGAUCGGAAAUAUCACCUCAGAUUGUAUCGGCAAUGCUGCUCUGGGAAAGAGCUGGUUGAUGGAGUCUUGGCCCUAGGGCUUGGAGUUCAGUCCCGAAAUCAGGCUAUGGGCAUCUGUCAAGUUCUCCUGAAUGAGGGAGCCCUUUGCCAUGUGAAACAUGAGUGGGCCUUCCAUGACCGAGAUACUCAUUUCUAUCGAUUCCCUGGGCCAGAGACAGACCCAGAUAACAUUCAAGAAAUGGAGGAGCUGGCUGAGGCUGUGACACUGCUCUCUCAGCGAGGACCUGAUGCUCUGCUCACUGUGGCGCUGCGUAAGCCCCCCGGGCAGCGCACAGAGGAAGAGCUAGACCUAAUCUUUGAGGAGCUGCUCCAUAUCAAGGCCGUGGCUCAUCUGUCCAACUCGGUAAAGAAGGAGUUGGCUGCUGUGUUGUUGUUUGAGCCAAGCAGCAAAGCAGGCACUGUGUUGUUCAGCCAAGGAGAUAAGGGGACCUCUUGGUACAUUAUUUGGAAGGGAUCUGUUAAUGUGGUGACCCAUGGCAAGGGCCUGGUGACAACCCUGCAUGAAGGAGAUGACUUUGGACAGCUAGCUUUGGUGAAUGACUCGCCCCGAGCAGCCACCAUCAUUCUUCGUGAAGAUAACUGUCAGUUUUUGCGGGUGGACAAACAAGACUUCAACCGUAUCAUCAAGGAUGUGGAGGCAAAUACAAUGCGUUUGGAAGAACAUGGAAAAGUAGUACUGGUGCUGGAGAGGACCCCUCAGAGCAAUGGCCCUGACUGUUCCCUGAAUCCAGGCAGGAACCGGUAUACAGUGAUGUCAGGCACUCCAGAAAAAAUCUUGGAACUGCUGCUGGAGGCUGUGCGGCCAGACUCGAGUGCCCAUGAUCCCACAGAGACAUUCCUGGGUGACUUUCUCUUGACCCACAGUGUCUUCAUGCCCAGUGCCCAUCUCUGCGCUGCUCUGCUGCAUCACUUCCAUGCGGAGCCAGCCGGUGGCACUGAGCAGGAACAUGGCAUUUAUAUCUGUAACAAGCGGCAGAAGAUCCUAAGGCUGGUCAGCCAAUGGGUGACCCUGUAUGGCCCCCUGCUCCACAUAGACCCAGUAGCCCCAAGCUUCCUACAGAAACUCUCAGAACUGGUAAACAGGGAUACUCAACUCAUCAGCCUGCUAAGGGAGCAGGGACCAGAGAGACGGCGGCACUGUGGGUUAGAAAAUGGCGGUGGAAAUAUGUCACCACAAUUAAAGGAUCGAACGAUUCCCAUCUGGUUUCCUAGCUAUGAUGAUCACUUCCUCAGCAAUAGAUAUGCUAUCCAAGCUCUAGACAAAGUCCCCUAUGACAUCUGCCGACUAGACCACUCAAUCCUGACACUGCAUCUACCAGUAACAGCUUCUGUGAGAGAAGUGAUGAACACACUGGCACAGGAGGAUGGUUGGACACAAGGCCAGGUGCUGGUGAAGGUCACCUCUUCAGGCGCCAUAGCUUCUCCCACAGACACCAUUAGUCUACAACCAGAUGCCCGUGGUGUGGCAACAUCCCUGAGACUCAACGAACGGCUCUUCAUUGUUAACCCACAGGAAAUGCACAAACUGACUCCACACCCAGAUCAGCUUGGGCCCAAUGUAGGUUCAGCUGAGAUGUUAGACUUACUGAGUGCCAAGGAUCUGGCCAACCAGCUGACUGACCAUGACUGGAACCUCUUUAAGAGCAUCCACCAGGUGGAGUUGAUCCACUACGUGCUGGGACCACAGCAACUCCGAAAUGCCACCACUGCCAACCUGGAGCGCUUCAUGCGGCGUUUCAAUGAACUGCAAUACUGGGUAGCCACAGAGCUGUGCUUAUGUCCUGUACCUGGUCUUCGGACUCAGUUGCUCCGCAAGUUCAUCAAGCUGGCUUCUCACCUCAAAGAACAGAAGAACCUCAACUCUUUCUUUGCCAUCAUGUUUGGUCUCAGCAAUUCUGCCAUCAGCCGUCUUGCCCUUACCUGGGAGCGGCUGCCCCACAAAGUUCGGAAACUAUAUUCUGCACUUGAACAGCUACUGGACCCAUCUUGGAAUCAUCGUGUGUAUCGAUUGGCACUUACCAAGCUGUCCCCACCCAUCAUCCCCUUUAUGCCCCUCCUCCUCAAAGACAUGACCUUCAUCCAUGAGGGAAACCAUACACUGGUUGACAGUCUCAUCAACUUUGAGAAGAUGCGUAUGAUGGCCAGAACUGUACGAAUAUUGCACCACUGUCGAAGUCAUAGCUCUGCGCCUCUGUCACCCCUCCGAAACCGAGUCUCCCACAUACAUGAGGAUAGCCAGGCUGUGAAGAUUUAUACUUGUUCAGAGCAAUCCUUGAGUGCCCGAAAUCUGGCCAGUGCUCGGGCAUAUAUCCAGCAGCUGAAGGUCAUUGACAACCAGCAAGAACUUUCUCGGCUCUCCAAAGAACUAGAGCCUUGAUGGAGUCAAUAUGGCUUUCAUAAAUCUGGAGAGAUGUAGCUGAGAAAAGUUGGAAGGAUCCUUGGACCAAUAGAUCCAAGAGCUGGAUGGAUUCUUCACUGAGAGUAUGGACUUGAGGAGCAAUAGCAUUUGAGGAACAGAUGGCGUGGAUCCAGUGGACCAUCCAGUGAUGAGUGGCAACAAAGGAGAGAACUGAGUCAACACUUAAAGCUCUGUAAUAGAGGAUGGUGGAAAGGCCUGGAAUAGUAGUGGGAAGGGAACAUAGGCAGCAAACCCAUGUUCAAGAGAAAGCUCUAUACAUCAGGUUUUUCUAAGAUCUUGGCUAUUGAUCUUAUCAACUGACCAACAGACCAAGAUUGGGAAGCUUGGCACAAAAAAGUUUCCUGUAAUUUGUUCCAAUGGGGCAAAGAGAAGAGAAAGAGGAGGGGAAAAAAGAAAAGAAUGAUAGAGGGGACUGCUAGAGCUGGAAAUUUUCUUGAAGGAACAGAGGAUCUGUUUCCUUUAUCUACUAUUUUUCAUACAAUUGCUGUACAGAGGGCAUCCCUGGGACUCCAGGUGAUGCCCAGUGAAUCAGCAAACAGUUGUAUAUCUGUCAUGUUUAAGUCACUGUCCCUAUGAGCUGCAAGUGCUGCUCAGAAGUCGAACAAUUUCUGACUUCAAAAAGCUUAUGGUUCCAAUGAAGAGACAAGAUGUCAAUGAGAUGUAAGGUUAGUCUUCAUGUAUAGGAUACCUGUUUCUGAGGAGUCUUGCUGUGCAAAAUAGGGAAAGGACAGAGGUGUGUGAUAUAGGAUAUGUACAACUCACAGAAUGAUUAUAAUUCUGUAUUCAUCAUAGAUGAGUAAUGCUUGGUUGAAUGAGCUCCACAGCCUUAAUAUCCUUGAGGCUGACUCAGAAGAGAUGGAUUAGUUGUGGAUUUCCAGAGGGCUUUUGGCCUUUGUUGUACUUUUUUUUAAGAACAACUCCCUUGGCUUUGUCAACUAUUGCAUAGGAUUAUUUGGACAGUGAAUACCCCAGUAUAUAAAAUUCAGUGCCAACUUUUUCUGCCCUCCCAAAAAUGUCUCUUUCUUCCACUGUUUUGGUUAAUAGGUGUGCCUGACAUAGUUCAUCAGCUGUAGGUUUACCUUUCUCAAAGUGGCAGUGCCUAGGAGCUAGGUAAGGUGCUAUUCAGCAGUUUCUAGUGGUUUGAUCUAAGGCUACAGCUGUGACCAAGUUAAGCAGAAACAUGAGAAAGUGACUCUCAUAUAUUUCUUCAAUGACAAUGGGCCAGAGCAGCUGAGGCAAAAAAGGAAGAAAAAUGUUUGUGAAUUCUGAAACAUAGCAAAGAACAAGGUGGUAAAGGCCUAAAAGAGGAGCUAGAAAUAAUAAAUCAAAAUUCAUCAUUAGUCUUCCUCCUAAUAAGCCCCAAAUGUCAAUCCCGAGCUGGCACUGAAGAGAUUUCUGCCUCUCCUUUGUCUUUUCCCAUGACUAUUUGCCAUUCCAAGGGACCAUUUGCUUUCCAGAGAGUCAUUGUGUUUGGGUAGGAUCAUGCCCUUUGUUGCUGAAUUUUGCAGUAUUGGAGAAGGUCCUAACACAGGAUGGGAUCCUGGAGAGUGCUUGGGCACUGGGCUAACGGGCAUUUUCCAACACUAAGUAGGGAGAAGCAAUACAAGGGCUGAAGAUAAGAACCCCUGAAGAUGAGAACUGAUUAAUAAGGAAUAUCAGUGCUUGAAAGAGACAGCUUUGCUGCUCUUACUCUGUAUACUAUUCUUAUAUAGUAAGUGCUUCCAGAAACCUUUGACUCUAUCCCGACUCUCUCUAGACAGAUUUUUUAAAUGCUUGACUUUUUCCAACAGUACAUACAGUAAAAAUGGGCCCAUGUGUAGAAAGAAGGAGAUGUAUAGUCUGGCUGUAUCUGUGUGUACAUGUAUAUGUGUUUGUUGAAAAGGGAUAGUAUGUAACAUGGACCAUGUGUGUCCAUAUGUAUCAUGAGGAAAGUUAAAGAAUUGCCAAUCUACAUCCCUUUCCCUUCCCUCCACUCCUCAAAAUAGUCUAGUAGGAAGUAUGCAGAUUUGGAGUCAAAAGACUUCAGUUCUAGUCUCAUUUUUUGCCCCUUCCUGCAUGGACCUGGACUAGUCACAACCUCCUUAGGUCUCAGUACAGUAUGGAGUUUGUACAUCUGUACAGUAAGGAAUUUGACCAGAUGACUUCUAAGAUACCUUCCACCUAUAAGUCUGUGAUGAUCUGCUUCUGUUCCUCAGCCUUGGAAACCCUUAUGAAUGGCCUGUUAGGUAUGAGGCAGUCUGGAUUAAUUGUGAGGUGUAAUAAGGAGGAGUCAUGGCGUCCCCAGCAGGCUGAACAGGAUCUGGUAGAAAAAGGCUAAUAAGGCGGGGGAGUUAGAACUUCUGAGGUAAUAGCAGUAUACUUCCUUUCAGCUUGAUCCUUCUUAUACCAUCUCUUCAACAUGGAGCUUUUGUUUUCAUAUUUUUUCUGGGUCUUUAUAAUGAAAGGCAUGGGCGUGAGAAAGAAACAGAAUAAUACUUAUGUUCAUACUUCUUUGAUUUUUAACUGUCUUCCAAUUCUAGGUUCUUUCUGAGGGAGAUUUUAUUUUUAUAAUACAUGUAUAAAUCUUUAUAUAGUAAUAAAUUUAUAUUUACAUAGUACAUUUUACUUUUAAAAGUACUUUCAAAUCCAUUACCUCAUUUUGUCUUUACAAGUUAAGGAGGGAGGGUGUUGUCAUCACCAUUUUCCAGUUGAGGAAACUGAGGUUCAAUGACACACACUUGCCCAAGGACACAAAGACAGUAGUUGGUUAUAUGGAUGAAAUAAAUGGCAACUCACCUGUUACAGCCAUGUCUCAA